UGACAGGUUCGGGAGGAUACUUGCUUCUGCUGGAAAAUUAAUUCCCCAGUGAGUACAAACUGUUUACUGGACAGACUCGUUACCUCCGCUACACGAUGUCCAGCGACGGAGUCGAGUCUCCGGCGGAGGUAGUGCUGGGUUUCCUGGAGGAUGCGGAGCCCUGGCGGCUCAAGUCCCCACAGUUCCCCAGUAAAGUCGGGGGGAAGCCGGCGUGGCUCAGCCAGAGAGGCCUGCCCUCUCUGCCCGAGCUGGAGUGUGAGAGAUGCCGCCUGCCCAUGGCCUUUCUGCUGCAGGUGUACGCACCAAUCUCUGGUCAGGACCGGAGCUUCCACAGGUCGCUCCUCCUGUUCUGCUGCAAAACCCCUGAGUGCUACACACUCAACGACAGCAGCUGCAUGAAAGUUUUCAGAAGUCAGCUACCCAGGAGGAAUGAGUUCUACCCUUACGACCCUCCGCCAGAGGAGGAACCCCUCAGCGACUCUGAAUCCGACCAGAGAGUGUUGCCCAUCUCUGGGGUGAAACUGUGUUGGGUGUGUGGUUGCCCUGGGAACAAAGCUUGUUCUAGAUGUCACACUGUGACCUACUGUGGUAAAAAUCACCAGAUGCUCCACUGGAAACACACACACAAAAAGGAGUGUGGCAGCCAAGAAGUGUCCCUCGUCACAACAUCGGCCUUCCUCUUCCCUGAAGCUGAGCUGGUUAUUGAGCCUGAGGAAGAGGAGAAAGAUGGAAAAGAGGAAGACACAAAGAAGGAUGAAGGAGAAGAGGAAGGGAGCGGCAUUCAAACAGAUGUAGACUGUCCGUCUUUAGCAGAGACGCUGGCAGAGACCGACCUGGAAGAGAUGGCGAUGUGUGAGACUAAAGACAUCAAAGUGUUCCAGAGGUUUAAAAAGAGGAUCGCACCAGAACCACACCAGGUUGUGCGCUACAGUCGAGGCGGUUCUCCCUUGUGGGUCUCUUCUCAACACAUCCCUUCAGAUCAGGAUAUCCCACAAUGCACCUGUGGGGCCGACAGGACUUUCGAGUUCCAGGUGAUGCCCCAGCUGCUGAACAGUCUAAAUGUGGACUCAACAGGAGCCAGUAUCGACUGGGGUACGGUGGCCAUCUACACCUGCUCCGCCAGCUGUAACCGUGACGACCAGUACUUCCCUGAGUUCAUCUGGAAGCAGGAUUUCAGCUCGGAUCAACACGCACAGAUUAGACACUCAUAACAUCUGACAGCUUAUACUGAGCAACGAAGAGACUGGUUUCAUCACACUGGAAGUGAUGUCACUUCCCAUGUAGGGAACUGGACGUGUGCAUCAGCACUUCUUACAUUACUGAUGAUGAUACACAGAUCAUACAUAAAUGUAAAAAUGUGUGAAAUACCAGUGCCCGAGUGAUCAGACUCUUGUGUAUCCAGGAGAAUGUUGAACAGCAGAUAUCACUGUCUGGACCAUGUUUUUCAUUAAAAGUUCAAAUAUUCAAACAGGAAUUCUGGAUCCUGGUUCCUGUUCUAAACCUUUCUUAAA